AAGACGCUGCUGCUGCUUUAGGCGCUUGCGGGAUUUCUAAUCAGAAAGGCGCAAAUUUGAUAGUAUUAAAGAUGGCAAUGAAUCGUCAUCUUCUUUUAAGGGAAAGAAUAAAGGUUUUAAGUCAGAUAACAUUGAAAUUUUCAUAG